AUGAUAGAGAAUGCGACCUUGGAAGAAGGAAAAGAGGUGAACAUUGUAACUUACAUAACCGAGGAAACAAGAUGGGACCUCAUUGAAUUAUUGCAAGAGUUCAAGGAUUUCUUUGCAUGGUCAUAUCAGGAUAUGCCUGGGUUGAGCGCUGAUAUUGUGCCUGAUCAGGCAACUGAAAAUGAUAAGAGAACGUUGAGGAGGAUGGCCGGUGACUAUGUAUUAGACGGAGAGAUCCUAUAUAAAAGGAGGAAGGAUCAGGUGCUGCUAAGAUGUGUUGACGCUGUUGAAUCUAAUAAAAUCCUGGAAGAAAUCCAUGAAGGUGUCUACGGGAUGCAUGCUAAUAGGUUUACAAUGGCCAGGAAAAUCAUGAGAUUCGGACCUUCUACCGGGACAACACCUUAUUCUUUAGUUUAUGGGAUGAAAGCAAUCUUGCCUAUUGAAUUCGAAAUUCCUUCUCUCCGGGUUUUAUCAGAAUUGAAGCUGGACAAAGCAGAAUGGAUCCAAUCCCGGUAUGAUCAGUUGAACCUGAUUGAAAAAAAGAGGCUGAAGAUUCUCCCUAUGCAAAAAGAUUUUAAAGGGAAAUGGAUGCCAAACUGGGAAAGACCUUAUUUGGUAAAGAAUGCUUUUUCUAGAGGAGCACUGAUAUUAACUGAGAAGGACGGUAAGAGUCUGCCUAACCCAGUAAAUUCGGAUUCAGUUAAGAAGUACUUCACCUAA